UCCGCUCUGCAGCGCGUCCCCGGUGGACUUCCGGUCUGUGCGUCCGAUUUAGGCGCCCCGUGGAGAACUUCGGGAAUCGCAGUCCGGUGCGCACAGGUCGCCGGGAGCUGUAGUCCUUCCCGCCUGCCCAGUCAGCGUGGUACCACCCGACGGCUGCCCAGGGAAUGCGAAAACGGCGACCAGAAGAGACCCUGUUACCCAGAGACGAGAAAGGAGGGGGUCCUCCAUUACUAGCAGGAGCCGAGGAGGGUAUGUCUCAGGCCCCGGAAGCGCGGCCGAGCCCACCCUCAGUGUACCACGAACGGCAGCGACUAGAGCUGUGCGCCGUCCACGCUCUCAACAACGUCCUCCAACAGCGGCUCUUUAGCCAGGAGGCUGCAGACGAGAUCUGCAAGAGGCUAGCCCCAGACUCCCGGCUGAACCCCCAUCGCAGCCUCCUGGGCACCGGCAACUAUGAUGUCAACGUGAUCAUGGCUGCCUUGCAGGGCCUGGGCCUGGCCGCUGUGUGGUGGGACAGGAGGAGACCACUGUGCCAGCUGGCCCUCCCCAAGGUGCUAGGCCUGAUCCUGAACCUGCCCUCUCCUGUGUCACUGGGGCUGCUGUCCCUGCCUCUGCGCCGCCGGCACUGGGUGGCCCUGCGCCAGGUGAAUGGCGUCUACUAUAACCUCGACUCCAAGCUUCGGGCACCUGAAGCCCUGGGGGACGAGGAUGGUGUCAGGGCCUUCCUGGCAGCUGCCCUGGCCCAGGGCCUGUGCGAGGUGCUACUGGUGGUGACCAAGGAGGUGGAGGAGGCCGGCUGCUGGCUGAACACAAGCUGACCCAGUGCCUGUGACCAGCUGCCUGCUACCAGUGCCUAGGAGGGGCCUGUGCCCUGACCCAAAGUCCCCACUCCCCCACCAUUGCUGCUGCCUCAAUAAAUCUGCUUUUUUCUUAUCUA